AAGAAGAAGAGGAAUUUCCGUUUCCGCCUGAUCUCCGGGAACAUUAUCUGGUUGUGCGCCUGACUGAUCCAGAAAACAUCGUUGUUUGAGACAUAUAUCGUUUAAAUAUUGAAUUAAGUUAAGCUACGUACCAUAGAAUACUCACUUUUAAUGAGAUUUGGAGCAAUUGCAGUUUUAAUGACACUAUAUUUAGCAUUAUUUCUCUAAAGUAACUAGCUAGGCAGCUAGCAUUUCUGCCGCAUCCAGGCGCCAUGGCGGGGAAUCCGCAGCAGCAGGCCGUGAGCAAACCUCCUUCAGGGAAACACGGCAAUGUCUUACCUCUGUGGGGCAAUGAGAAGACAAUGAACCUAAAUCCUAUGAUUCUAACAAACGUGCUAUCAUCUCCGUAUUUUAAGGUUCAGUUGUACGAGUUGAAGACAUACCAUGAGGUCGUGGAUGAGAUCUACUUCAAGGUAACCCAUGUGGAACCAUGGGAGAAAGGAAGCAGGAAGACAGCAGGGCAGACUGGAAUGUGCGGAGGGGUACGAGGUGUAGGCACAGGCGGUAUAGUCUCCACAGCUUUUUGUCUACUGUAUAAGCUGUUCACACUUAAGCUGACCCGCAAACAGGUGAUGGGUCUAAUUACACACACAGACUCCCCGUACAUCAGAGCACUUGGCUUCAUGUAUAUACGAUACACACAACCUCCUGCAGACCUGAUCGAGUGGUUUGAGCCCUUUCUAGAUGAUGAGGAGGAACUGGACGUGAAGGCUGGCGGUGGAUGUGUUAUGACUAUUGGUGAGAUGCUGCGCUCCUUCCUCAUGAAGCUUGAAUGGUUCUCCACGCUGUUUCCACGUAUCCCAGUACCUGUGCAGAAGACCAUUGACCAGCAGAUGAAAAAUCGACCACGCAAACCACCGCAAAAAGAAGGCAAAGAGGAGGAGGAGGAGGAGGAGGAGGAGGAUGGAGACUGGCACCGCUCAAGGUCCCCGAGGAGAACCCCAAGUCCACGUAGAUCCCCAAACCGCUCACGCAGCCGCAGUCACAAUCAAGAACGGCGUGGUGCCAGCUUUGAUCGCGAGCUUGAGAGAGAGAGGGACCGCCAGCGUAAAGAUAGAGACAGGGAAAGGGACAAAGUGGACAGGGACAGGGUUUCAGACAGAGAAAGAGAUCGUGAGCGUGAUCGUCGGCAUUCCCGGACCCCUGAUCGUGCCUCGGAAUGGCGAAAGAGCCGUGAAAAGAGAAAUGAGAGAAAAGAGCGGGAUGGACAGAACGAAAGAGAGCGAAGCCGUCGGAAGGACUGGGAGCACAAGGAGCGCACCAGUGGUGGAGAUCGAGAAAGAGAUCGCUCGAAAGAUAAGAGGGCCAAAGGAGAAGGAGAUGAACGGCGUCAUAAGGAUGAGAGAGAAGAGAAGAGGAACCGGGAUGAGCGUAAGAACAAGCGGUCAAGCCAAAGCAGAAGUAGAGAGAGGAGGCACAAAGGGGAACGUUCACGAAAGAAAAGUUCUCGGUCACGCUCCAGGAGUCGCCAGGAACCAGAGGAGAAGAGCAAAAAGCGUGAGGGCAGCCACAGCAAGGAGCACAAACAUAGUCACAGCCAAGAACGCAGUCAUCGCAGAGAUGCGAGCAACGGGAAGGACCAUAUGAGAACAGACAUUGAAGGGACUCCAUGAGCUUACUUUCUUUACAUUUGUCUUCCCUGUCUUGUCUGGGGAGGGUUUCAUGUCCCCCCCCGUCCCCCCACCUUUACCCUGCUAAGUCACUUGGUGUAGAUUUCACUGAAUCUUUCUGUUCCAUCACAAGUUAAGCCAUUAUGGACAUAAAAAUGCUUUUUAAAUAUUUCUUUUGUUUUGAGGCAAACUUCUAAAAUGUUUGUACAUAUAAUUCUGGAGAAUGUUUUAAAUCAUACAGAUGAACACGUAUGAAGUAAAAUAGGCAGCACGUGGCAGCAUAGACCUGUUAAAUUUGUGCUGUGUUGCAUCUUGUUUCUUAAUAAAAUCCUGAAGAAAAAGAA